AUGAGUAGUGUGAAGGUUGUGGUGUGUUUCGUUCUCUUGACAUUGUUUGCUCAAGCUAUCAACAUUGUCAAUGCAGAGAAUGUUGAAGUGAGAGUGAAAUCAGUGACUUCCAUAGCCAAGACUGAUGAUAAUUUUGUUUGUGCAACUCUUGAUUGGUGGCCAAGUACUAAGUGCGAUUAUGGUCAAUGUCCAUGGCAGCAAGCAGGCCUCAUCAAUCUGGACCUGGACAACAAGAUCUUACGCAACGCUAUCAAGGCAUUCAAAUCUCUAAGACUUAGACUUGGAGGCUCAUUGGAGGACCAAGUUGUAUACAAGGUUGGAGACAACUUAGAAUGUCCCAAGUUCCAACGUAAUAACGAUGGCUUGUUUGGAUUCACACAAGGUUGCCUUUGCAUGGACAGAUGGGAUGAGCUCAAUGACUUGUUCAAACAAACAGGAGCCAUAAUCACAUUUGGGUUGAAUGCUCUUUAUGGAAAGCAAAAGGACCACAAUGAGAAAGGCCUUUGGAUUGGCGAUUGGGACACAACGAACUCACGCGACCUCAUGAAUUACACCAUUUCAAAGGGUUACAAGAUCGAUUCUUACGAAUUAGGAAAUGAACUAUGUGGUAACGGAGUAUCAGCAAGGCUAACCCCAGAACAGUAUGGUAGAGACAUGAUAAAGCUGAAAAAACUGGUUCAAGAAUUAUACCCAGAUCCCUCAACACAACCUAAAGUAUUGGGUCCGGCCGGAUUUUUCGACGAAAAAUGGUUCAAGACCUUCCUUCAAAUCACAGGACCAAAUGUUGUUGAUGCUGUCACACAGCACAUAUAUAAUCUUGGUGCAGGAGUUGAUAAGGAUCUCAUAUACAGGAUUCAAGAUCCAUUUUUCUUAUCCCAAAUAGCUCAAACAUAUAGAGAUCUAUCCAAGUUAAUAGAAGAGUUUGGUCCAUGGUCAGCAGCUUGGGUAGGGGAAGCCGGUGGUGCUUACAACAGUGGUGGCAAGGAUGUCUCACAUACUUUUGCGAACGGCUUUUGGUAUUUGGACCAACUGGGUAUGACAUCAACCUUCAACCAUAAGGUGUAUUGCAGACAAGCCUUUAUUGGUGGAAAUUAUGGUCUCCUCAACACUACCAGCUUCAUCCCCAACCCUGAUUACUACGGUGCGCUUCUUUGGCAUCGGCUAAUGGGACCUAGCGUACUCUCUGUCAACCAUAAUGGCUCGCCAUAUCUUCGAGUUUAUUCUCAUUGUUCAAGAAGAAAGCCUGGAAUAACUCUACUCAUCAUAAACAUGUCAAACUCGACAUACUCAAGCAUCUCAGUGGUGAAUGAUCUUAAUCUGUAUACUGACAUGGAGGUUCCUGAUAAUGGUGGAGCAAAACCAAGGGAAGAGUAUCAUUUGACACCAAAAGAUGGCAACAUUCAGAGCGAUGUCGUACUCUUGAACAAAACCCCAUUGCGGCUAACAAGUUCUGAUGGCAUUCCGGAAUUGAAGCCGGAGUUUGUGGAUCCUACUUCUCCUAUUCUUGUGGCACCCCAGUCUUUCGUCUUCGCGACGCUUAGAGACUUCAAUGCUCCUGCUUGUGCUUAG